AUGUCUGAAAACAGCAAACCGGUGCUCUCGCUGUCGAACAUCAACGAGAACAUCGUCAAGAUGGAGUACGCCGUGCGGGGGCCGAUUCCGGCGCGGGCGGUGGAGCUGAUCCGCGAGCUGAAGGCGGGUGCCCAACUACCCUUCACCGAGGUGAUUCGCGCCAACAUCGGCGACUGUCACAUGAUGGGCGAGAAGGGCAUCACCUUCAUCCGCCAGGUGCUCUCCGCCUGUCUUCACCCUGAGGCCGCCCUAAAUGACCCCUCCCUCCCUGAGGACGUGAAGGAACGGGUGAGGACGUUGUUGGGCGCCUGCGGCGGCGGCUCCGUCGGCUCGUACAGCGACAGCGCCGGUAUUGAAAUCAUCCGCCGUCACGUGGCCGAGUACAUCUCUGAGCGGGAUGGGGGCGUGCCAUCUGAUUGGCAGAAUGUAGUUCUCACCUCGGGGGCGAGCGAGGGCGUCAAGGCGCUCUUUGCGCUGCUCAACUCGCCUACUGACGGCAUUCCCACUGGGAUCAUGGUUCCUAUUCCCCAGUACCCGCUGUACUCUGCGACCAUCAGCGAGCUGGGCAUGCACCAGAUCUCCUACUACCUGGACGAGGAGAACGAGUGGGCGCUGGACAUCAAUGAGCUGGACCGGGCGCUCAGAGAGGCAGAGGGCACCUGCAAGCCAAAGGUUCUGGUGGUCAUCAACCCCGGCAAUCCAACAGGCUCUGUGCUCACCAAGGAGAACAUUGCGCAGAUCAUCAAAUUUGCCCGCGCCAACAACCUGCUGAUUGUGGCGGAUGAGGUCUACCAACACAACAUCUGGAAGGAGGGCGCCGCCUUCUUCAGCUUCAAGCAGGUCAUGGCAGAGCUGGGUGUCAAGCUGGAGCUCGCCUCGCUGAUGAGCGCCAGCAAGGGCUACAUGGGCGAGUGCGGCAUCAGAGGAGGCUACAUGGAAAUGGAGCACUUUGACCCUGCGGUGAAGGCGGUCUUCUUCAAGCAGAUCAGCGCCCGCCUCUGCUCCCCGGUCAUCGGCCAGUGCGCCAUCGACUGCAUCGUCCGACCGCCCCGGGAGGGCGACCCUUCCUAUGAACUUUUUCAGAAAGAAAAGACCGCCGUCCUGGCAUCCCUGAAGGGGCGCGCCCAGCUGACCACCUCGACGCUGAACUCGCUGGAGGGCGUCAGGACGAACCCGGUGGCGGGGGCGAUGUACAGCUUUCCGCGCAUCAGCAUACCCGAGGCGGCGGUGAGGGCGGCGGAGGCGGUCGGCCAGAAGCCCGACUUCUUCUACGUGAAGGCCCUCCUCGAGGAGACGGGCAUCUGCGUGGUGCCGGGCAGCGGCUUCGGCCAGAUCCCCGGCACGUGGCACUUUCGCACCACCAUCCUCCCGCAGCCGGACACCUUCGCGCGGAUGAUGGACCGCUUCAAGGCCUUCCACCUAGGCUUUCUCCAGAAGUACCAGUCAUAG